AAAUACAAAAUCUGCUACUUUGUCCCUCCUUCCUCUCUCCAAAGCACAAAAACCGCUAUCUUUGCUACAAACCUCGCCGGCGUGUUUUCGUCACUAACUGAUACUGAUAAGAUCUUAUACACAAAUGUCUGUUGGGAAACAAGCGGAACAGGCCAAUUCAUCCCUGGCCCAGACAGUACUCCGGAUAUCGGUACUAGAGGCAAGUUGGAAGUUCUAGAGGAAGUUAGAGUGGAGAUGCAGGUGUUAGGAAAAGAGAAUGUGAAAAAGGUUGUCGAGGUGUUGAAGAAAGCUCACCCUUACGAAGUCCCUGUGUAUGAGGUCUAUAAGAUGGAAGACUUUUAG